CUACCAAAUAUGGUAGCCAUGUGGCCAGCAGUGGAAGAUGAUGGAAAAUGGAUUUCGUCCGACAAUCUGCACAUUUUCUAACCGAUAAAACAUUUGAUCUCAAUAUAGUUUUUUAUUUCCAAAACCUAGAAAUCUGUUAUGAACAGAGUGGACUACGCUUUGAAGAAUUUAUCCUUUGCCAAAGUUGUAAAAAAUCGCGUUGUUUACGAGAAGUGGGAAGGCGAAUUGAGUUAUUACACAUGCGCACUUCACAGAGUAGGCGUUCCUUAACGGAAAUAUGCAAAUAAUACUAGAACGAGCCAAUAGAAUCUUGGCUCUGCCCACUAGGACUAAUUUAUUUCCAUUGGAAACGACAGGUUGUGAUCUAUCUUGGUUUAGUUAUUUAAAUAUUUGUUUGAAAGACACGGAAGAGGAAGGAAGAACAAUCUCCACCCUCUUUCCUUCAUCUGCCUCCAGAUAGGCAUACAAGACCGAACCGCAACAUGGCAGCAUUGAGGCCUCUGAAAAGGCCCAAGAUCGUCAAGAAGAGGGUGAAGAAGUUCAUCAGACAUCAGUCGGACCGCUAUGUCAAAGUCAAGCAAAACUGGCGAAAACCCCGUGGUAUCGACAACAGGGUGCGGCGGCGCUUCAAAGGCCAGAUGCUGAUGCCCAACAUCGGCUACGGCAGCAACAAGAAGACCAAACACAUGCUGCCCUCCGGCUUCAGGAAGUUCCUGGUCCACAACAUCAGAGAGCUGGAGGUUCUCAUGAUGAGCAACAAGACCCAUGCUGCAGAGAUAGCCCACAACGUGUCGUCUAAGAACAGGAAGUUGAUCGUGGAGAGGGCAGCUCAGCUGGCCAUCAAGAUCACCAACCCCAACGCCAGGCUACGCAGCGAGGAACACGAGUGAUCUGGGACCAUGACUCUUUGUUGUUCAAUAAAUGAUCUAUACACCUGUCAAUAGUA